CCAAAAUAGUGGCCCAACCCAAUGAACAAGCUAAUGGUGCUUCCUCAAGACUAUUCAGGCGUUAUUCAGAAACCCUAGCUUCAUUUUUGCCUCCAAACUAAGCUAAACUGAUCUUGUUUACCAGAAUAACGCCAUCUCUCUCUCUCUCCUGAAUCCGAUUAUUCUCAAUGGCGGAUUCAGUUGAUCAAGCGGCGAAGUCAGUUUCCGAUUUGUCGGUGGAUUCUUCCUCCGAAACUCUGAGCAAAAAUGCACGCAAGAGGGAAUUGAAGAACAAGCAGAAGGAGGACGAGAGACGGCGAAAGGAAGAGGAAAAGGCAAAGCAGGCAGCAGCAGCAGCAGUGAACCCCCAGGUUAAGAAAUCUGCCGCAGCUGAUGAUGAGGACAUGGAUCCUACGCAAUACUUUGAAAACAGGAUUAAGUAUCUCGAAGCGCAGAAGAAAGAGGGUCGAAAUCCAUAUCCUCAUAAAUUCUUUGUUUCCAUGUCAAUUCUGGAGUAUGUAGAGAAGUAUGGAGGCUUAAGCAAUGGGGAACACCAGGAGGAUGUUUCUGUAUCUUUAGCAGGUCGAAUUAUGAGCAAGCGAUCAUCCUCGUCAAAACUCUUCUUUUAUGAUUUGCAUGGUGGUGGUGCUAAAGUUCAAGUUAUGGCUGAUGCAAGCAAGUCAUACUUGGAUGAAGCUGAAUUUUCUAAAUUCCAUUCAAGUGUAAAACGUGGUGAUAUUGUCGGAGUCACUGGAUUUCCAGGAAAAACUAAAAGGGGCGAAUUGAGUAUUUUCCCAAAAUCAUAUUUGGUCUUGUCCCAUUGUCUGCAUAUGAUGCCAAGGCAGAAAGCUGGUCCAGGUUCAGAGAGUGCCAAUUUGAAGAAAACUGAUGUUUGGGUCCCCGGAAGUACCAGGAAUCCUGAAACAUAUAUUUUAAAAGAUCAGGAAACUCGAUAUCGCCAACGUUAUUUGGACUUGAUGCUGAAUUCUGAGGUUCGACAAAUAUUCAAGACCAGAUCGAAGAUAAUAUCUUAUAUUAGAAAGUUUCUUGAUGACCUUGAUUUUUUGGAGGUUGAAACUCCAAUGAUGAACAUGAUUGCUGGCGGAGCAGCUGCCCGUCCUUUUGUUACCCAUCACAAUGAGCUUAACAUGAGGCUUUACAUGAGAAUUGCACCUGAACUCUAUCUUAAGGAGUUAGUUGUUGGUGGACUAGAUCGUGUUUAUGAGAUUGGAAAACAGUUUAGGAAUGAGGGCAUAGAUUUAACUCAUAAUCCCGAAUUUACGACCUGUGAAUUCUAUAUGGCUUUUGCGGACUACAAUGACUUGAUGGACUUAACUGAGAGGCUGCUGAGCGGGAUGGUCAAGGAACUUACAGGUGGAUAUAAAAUUAAGUAUCAUGCAAAUGGGCUUGAUAAGGACCCAAUUGAGAUUGACUUUACUCCACCAUUCAGAAGGAUUGACAUGAUAGAGGAUUUAGAGAGGAUUGCGAAUCUCAAUAUACCUAAGGACCUUUCAAGUGAUGAAGCUAACAAAUAUCUUAGGGAUGCUUGUGCAAAGUAUGAAAUCAAAUGUCCACCUCCUGAGACAACAACUCGGUUGUUGGACAAGCUUGUGGGACACUUUUUGGAAGAGACGUGUGUGAACCCCACUUUCAUCAUUAACCAUCCAGAGAUUAUGAGUCCUUUGGCAAAAUGGCAUAGAUCCAAACCUGGUCUGACUGAACGUUUUGAGUUGUUUAUUAACAAACGUGAGCUUUGCAAUGCAUACACUGAAUUGAAUGAUCCUGUGGUUCAACGGCAAAGGUUUGCAGAACAACUCAAGGACCGACAAUCGGGUGAUGACGAAGCAAUGGCAUUGGAUGAGACAUUUUGUACAGCUCUUGAGUAUGGGUUGCCUCCAACUGGUGGUUGGGGAUUGGGCAUUGACCGGCUCUCUAUGUUGUUUACUGAUUCACAGAACAUUAAGGAAGUACUUCUCUUCCCGGCUAUGAAGCCUCAAGAUGAAGCUCCUACAAAAGUUGCAGGAGGAGCAUAGGAUACCGUAAUCUCUGAUGACAAGGUUUCACUGCUUAUUGUUCCUGCCAAAACUAGUCAUUUCUUACACCAUCAGAUUUAAAUUUUGCGAGGGAAUAGGCGAGGUGGGGGGUUGUGGGAGUGUAGCAUUUGAAAUGCUUUCACACACAGUAGUGAUAUUUUGAGAUUUUUGUCAUUAUUUGCAAAUUGAAUUACGUCACAAAUUUAUAAAAUCGUCGAGGGUUGUGAAGGGGUUUGAUAGUUAA